CCGUGACCAAUAAUGUAUGCAUCUUGUCUCGUGACAUUCGAAUGAAGUAAUCACUAUCUCGAAAUAUCGAGUGGAUUUUGUUUUCGAAAAGCAGUCGUUAACAACAGUUGAUCACUGAUGUCUUGAUGUCUUAUGGCUCACAUAAUAAAGCUAACAUCGUUAUUCUGGAUUUUUCUUUGGAGUGGAAUAUGUUUCAAAGAAAGUAUCCACGGAUAUGCCAAGCAGUGGUUUGUCUCGGAACACGACGGGACCUCUAAAAGUAACUGCGGGUUCAAUGCGUCAUCGCCAUGUAAAACUAUUCAGCAAGUUACUAUGCAUGCGCUUGAUGGUGAUAUAAUCAAUAUAGAUGGCACAGGAACAUCACGUGAUCCUUAUCCAUGCGGGAACGAGAAACGAUUGGAUCUUCCUGGUUUAGUUGUACGAAGCUACAGGAGUCGAGCAUUUAUUUCUUGCAAGACGAAUGGAUUUCGGUUUUUUUGCGGCAUGGCUUUUCGAGGAGUCUUUUUAAAGGAAAUUACUUUCGUUAAUACUUCAAUUCAUAUCUUUGACUGUUCCUUAAACAUGGCCGCCUGCAGCUUUAUAAACAGCUCUGUUCCUACAUUAAUCUUGAAAUUUGAUGAAUACUUUAUGAUGAGAAGUGUUGAAAUGCAUGGAUGUACCUUUCAGAAUAACAGCGCUAGUAGUGUUACAAUUUAUGGAAAUUCUUCCGUUGAUUUGAACGUUUCGAAUUCUACAUUCAUCAGCAACCAGUUAUGCAGUGAAGACGAUGCCAUACUUGACAUGUCUAUUCAAAACAUACAAGCAGAUAAGAGCAGUAUCAAAGCUAAUUUUACCGAUAUAACAGUGUCGCAAAAUAAUUGUUCAGGUCAAGCGUGCUUUCAGGUUUUUGCUGGCAUGAAUGGACCUGACUUAGUUAUCGUUAUGGAGAGAGUAGUUUUUGAAAACAAUAUGGCUAGAGAAAACAUCUUGGAACUUCAUGGCUUUUCAAACGGGUGCAUUGAUUUCAAGUCGACACAGUUUCGAAAAAAUACAGGCAGGGCCGUCCAAAUCCAUGAUGGAAACUCAGUUGAUCUAAAAAUCAAAAGAACAUUGUUCUCUGAGAACAAUGGUGGGGCAGCUGAAGUAAGCAGUUUCACAAAGGAAGCUUCAGUUUGGCUGCUCAGUUCAAACUUCAAUUUAAACAAAUUUGGCGGCGCAUGCGUAUUCUGGGGAAUGUCGUCACUUUUACUGAAUGUAGAGGAUUGUCAGUUUGUACGAAACGAAGCACAGGCGUCAGCUGGCGCGAUAGCUAUAGGAUUCACCCUCGCAAAGAUCAACAGUUCUCCCUCAAUAAGUAUUCAUGGCUCACAUUUUAUAAACAACGCAUUGAUCAAUAGAUUCCACUCUUCCUCCAUUUCAGAAGGAGGGGGCGCCUUGGCAUUGUUCGUGUCACACAUGGGUAACUUAUCACUAGUCAAUAACACUUUUUCAUAUAAUCAGGGAUUUGAAGUCAACCUUACAGAUAUUACCGGAGCCAUUUAUGCCCAGGUGGACCAACUCACUUGGAGCGUGGAAAUUCGAAACUGUGAAUUUCUCGGCAAUUAUGGUGCACGUACUAGCAUUCUUGCUCUGAACGUUGAACGUCCACAACUCUUACCUGAGCCACAAGUGACACUACAAAACCUGACCUUUGUCAACAACAGUCGUAAAUUUAAUAAUAGUGAAGGUUACGACAUCUUCAUAGAUGGUAUCGAUUUCAUGGUGAUAAGCUCCUGUAAAAUUCACGGAAAUUCUGGUGGUGGAAUAUAUAUAUACAUGUGUAACUACCGUGCUACACAUGUUAGCUGCUCAGGGAAUGUUCUCGUGGAGGACACCAUGAUAAGUGAAAAUGUCAAAUUUUCUUUGAUAGUCUCAAAUAAGAUUAUCCUCUUAAAAAACGUUUCUUUUGUCGACAAUAGCUGUAUUGGGUCAUAUUAUUGUACCGUUUUACAAGUAAUAAACUCGUUUAGUAAUGGUUCAUUUCACUUGGAUCAGAGCACGUUCCUGAAUAAUUUUGGAGAAAAUGGAAUAGUGUACAUUGAUCCGAGCUUUUUUGUCAAAGCGACAGCUUACUACCGGGUGAUCAUCAAUAACACUGAAUUCCGAGGUAAUUUUGGAAGAGCCGAAGGCAUCCUUAAACUGCUCAACGUUAAUACAGUUCAAAUUCAAAAUUGUGAAUUCAUAAAUAACUUUGGUGGUAUGGGUGGUUCCCACGCAAACGUGCAGCUAUGCUUAGAAAAGUUGACUAUCAGAAAUAUCACCUUUAAACAGUUUGACGAUUCACAAGUUUUUGAAACUGCGGGAGGACUUUCCAAAUAUGUGGCGCCAUACAAUGGAUUUUUGACAGUGACAAAUUCUGAAAAGGUGCUUAUACGGAACAGUUUGUUUUCUUCGGAUUUUUUCAGUGCAGACAGCAAAGUUCUCAUUGUCGUAGAAGGAGUUCGCCCGGGACUGUUGGAUGGCUCUGUCCGAAUUGAAUCUCCGAUCAACACUAAACUUAAUCUUCGUAAUCUUACGCAAAUCAAACAAUCCGUCGAUGGAGCUAAACAAGUCACCAUGUCGGUUACAUUUAGCACCGAACGAUGUCCUGAGGGAACUUAUAGUAUCCACAGGGGAACACGAAGAGGAUUAAGUAAAAUGCCUGUGAUUUGUCAUCCAUGCCCCGUUGGUGGAAAUUGCUCUUCUUCUAUCGCUGCCCAGCCCAACUUUUGGGGUUAUCCUAUAAACGAAGACAUCAUUACCUUUCAGCUUUGUCCAGAAGGUUACUGCUGUUUGCCAACUGUCGAUAACAAAUGUUUUUACUACAACAAUAGCUAUCUACUUUCCGGUUGCCAAGGGAACAGGACAGGCAUUCUUUGCGGACAAUGUAAACAGAGUUUCACUGAGGGCCUGUUUACAACAGAGUGUGUUCGAGUGAAAGACUGUACUCAAAGUUGGUAUUUGGCUGUUUUUUUCUUACUCACGUCAUCGUUUGCCCUCUAUCUCGUUAGAAAACCCCCGGUGUUUGAAACACUUGGAAAACAUAUAUCAUGGUUCAUUCCAAAGCGCAGAGAGGACAGCACAGUCAGGAAUGGUGUUUCUCCAAAUUAUGGGUUUUUAAAAAUAAUCUUCUACUUCUAUCAAGUGGCUGGAGUUCUGACCGUUUCUUCAUAUGGUGUGAGAAAUCUGUUGACAAAAUACAUAAUAUUACCAUUUGCAAAUCUCCUGGACUUUCAAGUAUAUGCCAACAACAACUUGAAGAUCUGCCCUUGGCCAAUUUUCACACCACUUUUAAAAACAAUGUUCCAAGUAGCGACAGUGAUGAUCAUCUUCUUCUCGAUCCCAGUUAUUUACUUUCUGCACAGCGCUCUAAACAAAUUACGCAAGCGCAGUCCGACUUUUCCGCCAGCUGGUCCUUACCUUGGAGCUGUCCUAGAAAUAGUGUUGCUAGGAUACUCAGCUGUGACUGGAACAACGGUAAAAUUACUCCACUGUGUAAGCAUUCAAGAGGUGUCCCGCUGGUAUUACGAUGCCCAAUUCACUUGCUGGUACCAACGAUGGCAGCAAGCUGCUUUUGUCGCCAUUGCACUGAAUUUGUUGCCGUUUAUAUUAACGUUGUAUUUCACUUCAUUACAACUCUAUCAAGGCGAGAUUUCAGGAAAGAUGUUUCUACUAGCCUGCAUCCUACCCUUUCCCUAUCUCCUUUUUGUUUUCGUUCACUACGUAAAGAAAGUCAGGACCAAGAGACCAGAUUAUCAAGCAAUCCCUUCAAUUGCCAGCUCAGUUGACAACGAAGAACAUGACACGAGUUCUUCCACAAGUAUCAAAUAUUCACUUCUUGAAGUUCUAUGCGGUCCAUUUACAAAGCCACAAGAUUACCAAUCCAACGGAAGGAUCUACUGGGAGAGCAUUCUUAUUGGUCGUCGAUUCCUCAUAAUUGCGAUUGGUUGGUGGCAGUCGGAGCAUGCGCUUAUGCGUUCAGUGUGUCUUUCAAUCCUUUGCCUCGUUUUCCUGUUGCAUCAUAUAUACCAGAAGCCCUUUGCCCAGUCUCGCGUCAACGCCAUCGAAACCGUCUCCUUGACAACCUUAGUCGUUAUAGGAGUACUCAACGUUGGCCUUGCAUCGGUAGGAAAUGACGUUAUCGGUUUGAAUCAGGCCUACAUUUCCAUUUUUUUGACGUCAGAGGCAGUAUUACUGGGUGUGAUACCUUUGGUCUUUGCAUUGUUUCUCACCUUGUCUCUCAUUUCGCAGAUUUUGCGAUUGGUAAUCUUUUUAGUUAAAGUGAUUCGUUCAUGUUUUUUAAACAAAAAUGCAAUAAACUUCUGGCCUCUCCAGAACUAAACUUAGCUUUUGGUGCCUUCUUCGUGAUCCUAAUCAUCUGGUAGUGUGCUAAAUACCUCACGAUAAAAAAUAAUUUUUGAUGAGAGAACUCGGCCAGAGUUGAAUAGCUGUAUUACAUGCCUUUUUUUUUUUUCUUUUCACAAAAUGAUACUGAAGUAGCAAAUGGGGGCUGUUUUCAGCCAUGUAGAAUUUGAAUAUGGGAGUGAUCUUUUAUAGACUUCUGUGUUUUUGCACAAUCCUUGAUUGUAAUAGUUAUUAGGAAGUAUUAUGUGGCGGCAAAUCGAAGUGCGGUUGUGUUUGGCGGGGGAAGCCUUGGCUCCCUUCUCCCACCUCCUAGGUGUCCGCAUUUUCAGUUUUGUCUUAAGACUAUAGAAAGAAUUCUGUGGACACUUUAGGUUAAUCUUUAACUUUUUUUAUCUCAAGUAGGUUAUCAGGUGAAAGUCAAUUAACAAGUUGUAUCCGUGAAGUGUGUAUUCAUUAAGUGUGUAUUUAAUAAAGCUUGU